AUGGAACCGGUCCGACUCGAAUCACACCAGCCGUCGCUACCGGCGCCCCACCAGCGCUGGGGUAAUCCCACGACGACCAACCCGCCCCCCACCACCACCGCCUCCGCCCAGCGAAGCUCGCGGAAACCAACUGACUCGCUAUUUGGCGCUGGCGCCAACCACGGCCCGUCGAAGUUCUUUUUUGCUAACCUGCCACUGCCACCAAAACCGGCGGAUCAACUGGUCGACAAUGACUCCCGCCUGGGGUCGCUGUCGCUGGAAGCUACCCAGACCAAUCGCCACGAUUCGCUCUUUCUGGGCACCGAGCGCUCGGCCGAGGCGCUCGCCGCCAAUGACGACGAGGGUUAUACGUCGACGGACAUCCUGGAGGAUGACGACGACGAACUCGACGAAGACGACCCUCGCGCCCCGGGCACCGACGCCCACACCGACGACGAGUGGGUGCUGAUAUCUCUGCAAGACACCGGCGUCGAACCGGGCUGUCUUCAGCUAGGCGGACGGUGCCGCCCUCCGGCGGCGCCUCAGGCGCCGCAGGCGCCCCGCCUGCUUCUCUCCGGGCUUUUUAAUAACGAAAACCGCGGCGACCGCUGUGCAAUUGACUCUGGCGCUGGCCCUAAGCCCAUCCUCAAGCGGUCGCUGACCACUGGCAUUAUCACCAUCGAGCGGUGCCGGGACCGCGCCACCACCCGGCUGCUGAUCAUCUUCGCCCACAAGCCAAGCUCGUACACGGAUCUCGUCGACGAGAUGUCGGCGCCGCUGACGGAGUUCACCAGUAACGAGCCGGGACCGCCUUUGGGCAAGCAACGGCUGAUUGUUGGCAUCAGCGACUUUAACGUCACCGUGAAGAACCACCUGGUGUCGGCACUGACGCGGCUGCCACUGACGCUGGGCUGCGGCGACUGCGAGAUCCACUUUGACACGGCGGCGCUGUGCAACUUGCUGCUGAGUCUCACCAAGUACUCGCUGGUGCUGAUGCUGAACCUGCUGUUCAAAAACUUAAUUUCCAAGCUGUCAAUCAACUUGACAAAAAUCUACAAGUCGUCUCGGGCCAAGUUUCACAAGCUGGACUCGCUGAUCCGCCUGGACGAAGCGCCGGCGCCGCUGGCGCUGACGACCGAGCUCGCCGGGACGCUGCCGAUGAUGGCGGUGCCACCUCCGGCAGCAGCACUGAUGGUGCUGCCGAAGCUUGUGCUGCCGCACUCUUGUCUGAGCGCGAUCCUGGCGGUGCCGGCGCCGCUGGUGGUGGUGCCUGAAGCGCCGCCGCUGCUCCUCGUGUCGGCGACGCCAGCGAUGUUCCUGAUGCCGAUGCUGCCCGAAACCACCCGUAAAGUGAUGCUUUCUACUGAGCUCUCCGAGCUGUUGAAGGAGCUGAUCAAAAUCGACUACCAUUUGGGUAAAGUGCCCCGGCCGCGGCGGGUGAUCACCACCAGCGUGGUCCCGGCGGGCGACUUUGACGACAUCGACGACUACCAUCUGAAAGGGUGGUAG